ACAGGAAAGAGACAACUGCGUAUUACUGCGACUGAAAACUGCAAAACAACGCUCGUCCUUUGCUGUUGUCAUUUUUCAACACUAAUUGACAAAGGAAAUCGAGGAUUAAGGCUUUUAUAAGCCUUGGAAUUCUCCUCAAGUUCCGAUUCAAUUGCUGGGAUGCAUAAUUUCCCUCUAAAUUUUAGCUUGUUUAAUGGCAGGUAUUGGAAAUUUCACAGUAAAAAGGAAGAGAUAUUUAUUAGAAAUAGAAGUGCAAUAAGCAACCGGCGAAGGUUACUUACGUGGUCGUAAAAAUCUGCAAAGGGUAAAAAUCAAAUUUUUGUGCGCAUUAUAAGUUAAUAGAGAGGCGUUUAUUUUCGAAAUUUAGGUAUUUUAAAGGGGCAUCUGAAGGAAACAUCGAGGUUAGGGGUUGGUCAGUGUUGACCCAGUAUUCUUACUGACCAUUCUCGGUUUGCUUCUGAGCGUUGUUUUAGUUUGAUUUAACGGCACAAUAACAGACCGAUUCUUGUUUAUCUUAGAGAUUGACAUCUAGUGGUAAAAAAGUGUCAUUGCAGUGCUGUCAUAACUGUAAAAUACAGUAAAAUAAACCAUGAAGCUCCUGGAGAAUUCAAGUUUUGAGGCCAUAAACAGUCAGCUCACAAUUGAGACGGGAGACUGUAAAAUAUUUGGACGUAUUGAGAGUUAUUCCUGUAAAAUGGCAGGGGACGACAAGCAGAUGUUUAAGCUUUUUUGUCAAGAGGGAAUGCCACAUGUACUGGAGGCACUCUCUCCUCCGCAGAGCUCUGGAAUCAGUCCCAAACUGAGUCAAAGUUUGGAUGAUGGAGAGGGUCCUCUCUCUGACAAGUGCAGCAGAAAGACGCUCUUUUACCUGAUCGCCACUCUCAACGAGUCCUUCCGGCCGGACUACGACUUCAGUCGUACCAAAGGCCAUGAUUUCAGCAAAGAGCCCAGUGUAAAUUGGGUGUUUAAUGCAGUGAACAGUAGUUUGUCUGCUGCAGCUGGUGAGGCGUAUAGUCACUUGCAACCUCAGUUAUGGGAGGCUGUAGACAAGGAGAUUAGCCUUGCUGAAUGUGAUAUAUACAGUUAUAAUCCAGACCUGGAUUCAGACCCAUAUGGGGAAGAAGGAAGCUUGUGGUCCUUCAACUACUUCUUUUAUAACAAAAGACUGAAAAGGAUUGUGUUCUUCACAUGCCGUUCUGUCAGUCUUUUCAUGGCUCCCCGAGACUCUGGUAUCGGCACAGAACUGGAUCUGGAGCUGGAUGAGUGCAGCUAUGAAGAAGAGGAAGAGGGGAAUAUGGAUGAAGAGAGGUAUGGUGCACUGUGUGCCUGGUAAUGGAAGCCCUCCUCCCUGUCCCCUCAAGCCAGCCACCUCUUGCCUGAGUUUUAAUACCUUUUAGCGUUUUCCUUGUUCUUUUUUAUAUUGUUGGUCAUUUUUUUUUUACAAAUGGAGAGGUGUUGUAAUCCAGAGAUUUUGAAGUGCUAUGCCCUGCAAUUUAACAUUUGCCAUUACUUUUUUUUACGUGACUAAUGUCUGUGUUUUCCAUUGUUUCGAUUGAGAUUCUCCUCCGACAUUUUCCUCAUUAGCCUUGGAGGGAACAAAAAAUAUAUAUUUUUUUUUUACAAUAUUGUUUUAUAUUGUUGUUUCCAAAGAGGUCUUUUGUUUCUUUCUUUUUUUCCAAACCUAAUAUAUUUAUUGAUUUUAAUCAUUGCCAGUAUUUUAACAACUCCAUAAAAGUCACAAGAGUAUUUCCACUAGGUGGCACCUUUGAACCUAAAGAAACAUUUCAUUUCUUCUUUUUUUUCUCUGGGGUUAUUCAACAGGUUUCCAUUUAUUUUUUUUAUUGGGUUUGGCACCAAAUUUGCAAGGCAUUUUCAGCACUCUUUCCCCGCCAGCGUUUUUUAAAAAAAGUUGCCAGCCACCGCCAGGGUUUUUGACGAUUUGACUAAACUUUAAUGGCCCGCAGAAUAUUUUCUUCCAUGAAUAUAAGAUGCCAUAUAUCACAAUAAAGAUCUGAGCCUCUGCUUUUAGGCAAAAAAAAAACGAUUUUAUUUUAUCUUCAUUUGUUCUUUUUUUAUUGCGACUUGAACAGAGGUAGGUUUUGUCAAAAAACAACAUUUCAGACAAAAAGCUAAGAAAAAGGUUUAUGUCUGAUAUUUUGAGCUUCUCAACACUCCACUUCUUCACGUUUGAGACGAUCGCAGUCUGUUUCUUUGAUCAAAGAGUUGCGUACUCUUUCAAAACAUGCGCAGGGGUCUUCCUUACCGUAUAACACCUAAAACACGGAAACCCGGAAAAUUCCAUGUUUGGCGGGGAAGCGUUUUUUCAUAAAACACGGAAAAUUCCGUGUUUGGCGGGGAAAGAGUUAAACAUAAAUUGGAAAUUGAGUUUCCAUUUAUACGUUUUAGGCCAACACCCGCUCACAACAAAGCAACUCUAUAUCGGAUAUUUUUUGAUGAACAUAACCAUUUACAGAUCAGACGUUUUCCCUAAAUUAUAUUGUUUCGCUAUUAAUAUGUAAUAUAGUGUUGUGUGUCGUAAUACAUUUUUCUGCUAACUUGCCUGAGGAAAACGUAAUUGUUGAGCACGUAUCAGUGUAAACAUCACUUGAUGCAUUCAUUGAGAGAAGUGCAUUGGCCCAGCUAAAAUCUGUUUUCAUAGAUCAAGUCCCCAUUUUAGUUUCACCACAAAGCUAACAGAUAUGUGAAAGGAAAGAGACAAGAUUGUCAUUAUGAACAUGGGUCUGUUAAGUGUUGUUACUUAUUUUUUUAGUGACUGGGCUUUUUUUUUCUCUUCAAUUUUCAUUGGAUUUUAUGACAUCUAUGAGGUGUGUAACGUGAAGUAAACAUUGCAACUCAGCGUUCUUUCACUUAGACAUGUUUGUGUGAUUGUCAGUUGACUGAAAACACAUUUAAGUAUAAGGGCUAAAUAUCCCUCCCUUUGCUUCUGUUUUUAUAGCAGUAGUCCCAACAUGGUACUGUGGAAAGGUUUUAGAUGUGAUCAAAUUUACUUUGAGAAUGGGUGUCAAUGAAGAUUGCAUUAUAUUGCUAAACUGUUAUAUUUCAUUUUGUUUAUAAAGCUUGAUGUAAAAAUCAGUGCACUUUGAUAUACUACAGAGUUGUUAAGUAUCAAUAUAUCAACAGGAUAUGCACAUAUGGUUUUUGUUAAUUGCAGUAUUUCAUUUUGGAAUAUAGUCCCUAAUUAGGGGAGUUCACAACACGUCACAAGAAUGAAUCCAAUUGGAUGCUGAUUCAAGCAUUUAUUUUAAGUUAAUGAUUUGUAAGCAUUCCCUUCUUGACAGCUUUAAGAGGCUUUUCAUUAUUUUCAAAAUUCUGUUAAAUACUCAUCUGCUGACUUGAUGUCAUAGUGAUUUUAUUCUUGAAAAUAUAUACUGCAGUGGUGACAUUUCUGUGCUAGUCAUUUAUAAUGUAGACAUAAAUAUGGAAAUCUUUUGUUUUAUUCUUAUUUUUUCUUUUCACAACUACCGGUCCAAUAUUAUUAAUUAGGCCAUCAAAUAAGUCUAAUUAUCAUUGUCAUCAAUGAGCAACAGUAUAUUCUUGUUGGGUUUUUUAUUUUUGUGGCAACAACAAAAUACUUCUCUUAAAGGUACAACACGUAGUGUACACAUCUCUCUACUAACAAAAUAAAUCUACAAAUUGACAAGUACUUAAACAACAACAGAAAAGUCAUAGCACUGCAUGCAGGCAUCACCCACGAAGUGUAUGUUAAGCUUUUGUUUUGCUCGACAUGCACACCACAAAACCAUUAUAUGGACAUUUCUUGUGGUGCAUGUCAAUAUUUGCUCCACAAGGUCAAACCUGCUCUACUGCACAAAUACAUAGUUUAACAGAUGAAAAGACAUUUACAAAAGAGAAUCGGAUGUAACUGGCAGAAGACAAAAAGGCCUUUUGAAUUCUUAACAUGAAAAGGAAAUAUAAGCACUUCUGCUUCUGUUGCAGAUCCACAGGCUCAAGCUGGGAAAAGCUCAAAUCUUUGGUACUUCAACUAGUCCAACAACAACAACAUUUUUACUGGGGGAAAAAGGCACUUUAAAUAGUCAUUUUUUUUUGCAGUGAAAAAUAUAGAUAUGUAAACAUUACAAAAAGGCACACACUGUGCAUCAAGUAUUGCAGGAUUUAAGUUAGAGGUAUCAGAAUAUUAAUUGAAACAACAAAGCUGCUUCCACAACAUAUGUUUACAAUGGGUGAAUUCCAUGCACUACUCAGACAAUACUGUUGAACCUAAAGACAUGAUUUUCUUUCUAGACAAUCCAAACUGCCAUAAAUCAAUGUCUGCUAGGAAAGAGUUUUACACAGCCCAUGUGCAGCACAAGCCCCAUGUGUCGUUUCUUGAUGAGAUCACCGCAAAUGAAUAUUUUCAGAGGUAACAAAACACAAUUACUUCUAUCUUUCUGCAUGUCCCAAACACCUCAGCAGUUCUUUGCUAGGUGAAAAACAGCACUGCUAUAAACCUGCUACAGUAUCUGGAAUCUGUUCCACUCUCUGCCCUUGAACUCUACAUACCUUAUGAGGCAAUCUCUCUGUAGAGUCC